UUCUGGUGAAUGUCUAAUGGCAAUGGUGGAUUGUGCUCAACGCUCCACAGCGAAACCAAAAUCCCCAAAUUUUUGAAACCCUAAUUUCUACUCCACUCUGCUCCUCAUUGAUCCUGCGCCUCGAAUUCCACGGGGCGGCUUCGUGCAAUGGAUAAUCCGCGAUCAACUUCUGCAAACGGAGACGACGUCGGAAUUCCAGACGAUUUACGGUGCAAGAGGUCCGACGGGAAACAAUGGCGGUGUACUGCCAUGUCUAUGCCGGACAAAACAGUGUGUGAGAAGCACUACAUACAGGCGAAGAAGAGGGCGGCGAACUCUGCGAUGAGAGCGCACAUGAAGAAAGCGAAGAGGAAAUCGUUGGAGGAAAGUGAUGUGUAUUUGGAGGAUAAGAGUGAUGAUUUUGAUGCGCCUUUGUCGAGUGGUAAGAUUGCGGAACAAUCUCAUUCAGGGAAGAAGUCGUCGAAGACUCCGGUUCGGUACUCACCUGAUAGUCCGCCCACUAGGAGUUUGCCUGGGCGCAAUUCCUCCAAGCAUGAUGAUUUGCAGAGGGAUUUGUCGCCGUAUGAGGAGAAUUGGAAGACUUAUAAGACAACUGCUCCGGAUUCUUCGAGGAAUUUGAAUUUGUCGCAGAAAAGCUUCGAUGCAAAUGCCAUGACGGAGUACUCUGAUGCAAGCACAAACUCCUCUGAGGAGAUUGGCGGGCAAACAUGCCAUCAAUGUCGAAAGACUGACAGAGAUGGAAUGAUGUGGUGUCUCAAGUGUGACAGGAGAGGAUACUGCAGUAGCUGCAUCUCUAAAUGGUAUUUGGAUAUAUCAUUGGAGGAAAUUCAGAAAAUUUGCCCUGCAUGUAGAGGUAUUUGUAAUUGCAAAGUGUGCCUGCGUGGUGGUAAUUUGAUAAAGGUAAGAAUAAGGGAAAUACCGGUUUUAGACAAGUUGCAAUAUCUUUAUCGUCUAUUGUCAUCUGUACUACCUGUUAUCAAACAGAUCCACGUUCAACAAUGCUUUGAAGUGAAACUUGAAAAAAGGAUGCAAGGAGAUAAAAUGCUUCUUCUUAGGGCAAAGUUGAAUGCAGAUGAGCAGAUGUGCUGCAAUUUUUGCAGGAUACCUAUUAUUGAUUAUCAUCGGCAUUGUCCAUGCUGCUACUAUGAUCUAUGUCUCAGUUGCUGUCAAGAUCUACGGGAAGCAUCUACAUCAGCAAAUAGUGGAGAUCUGUUAGAUAAUGGGAAUGAUAUGAUGGGCCAAGACGAGAAACAUUUGUUUGAACAAGCAUACAGACAGAGAUUGAAAUUCUCAGAUAAAAUCCCUCACUGGAAAGCUAGUUGUUAUGGCAAUAUACCUUGUCCUCCAAGGGAAUAUGGGGGCUGUGGUUAUUUUCAAAUGAACCUGUGUCGGAUUUUUAAAAUGAACUGGGUUGCAAAAUUGGUUAAAAAUGUUGAGGAAAUGGUUGGUGGCUGCAGGGUUCAUGAUUUUGGAACCUCGCCAGAAGCAGAGUCAGAUGAUCCCAGCCUUUUGCAGUGUGCUCAUCGAGAUAACAGCAAUGAUAACUUUUUAUAUUGCCCAACAUCAUCAGACAUUAAACUUAACGGAAUCAGUGAUUUUAGAAAACAAUGGGCUAGCGGCAAACCCAUUAUUGUCAGGCAGGUUUUUGACAGUUCAUCACUUGCAAGCUGGGAUCCAGUGGUUAUCUGGAGAGGAAUUCGGGAUACAAAUGAUGAAGAGAGAAUGAAAGAUGAGAAUCAAUUAGUGAAGGCCUUUAAUUGUUCAGAUCAGUCUGAGGCCAAUAUUGAGCUUGUUCAGUUCAUCGAAGGAUACUUCAAUGGUCGUAUCUCGGAAAAUGGUAGACCAGAAAUGUUGAAGUUGAAAGACUGGCCUUCCCCCAGUGCAUCUGAAGAGUUUAUUUUGUACCAGAGGCCUGAAUUCUUUGUUAAGUUACCUUUACUCGAGUAUAUCCAUUCCAAAUGGGGACUUCUUAAUGUUGCAGCAAAAUUGCCACACUACUCUUUGCAAAAUGAUGUUGGACCUAAGAUUUUUAUAUGUUAUGGAGCUGGAGCUUUUAAGGAACCUAGUGCAGGUGAUUCUGUGACUAAUCUUAGUAUCAACAUGCGUGACAUGGUAUAUUUAUUGGUUCAUACUCAUUCAGUGAAGCCUAAGGAGGCUCAGGGGAUUGAUAUUGAGUGCACGGAAAAUACCACUGUGAAAUCUGUGGCAAAUGAGUUGCACAGUGAUGAAGAAUUGUGUUCCGGUGAUGGGAGAUCAGCAGACCUAUUAGUCCAUGGUCAUGCAUCGCAGGAUGAGCAGGAGGCUAUGGGUGAAGCAGAGACAGAAGGCACAGUGUUGAGUCAGAAGAAGGAAUCCAAUUGUGCCGAUGAGCAAACUGACAACUCUAAAAUGUCAGAUAGAGAUAUAUUUAAAAAUUCUUAUUCUGCAGUUGUUUGGGAUGUCUAUCGGCGAAAGGACGUUCCCAAAUUGACCGAGUAUUUAAGACUGCAUUGGGAGGAAUUUGGGAAGUCUGUCAACAUAAACAAUGAUCUUAUUAUGCGGCCUCUUUAUGAUGGAGCAUUGUACCUCGAUGGACAUCAUAAAAGGAAAUUGAAAGAUGAAUUCGGAGUAGAGCCUUGGACAUUUGAGCAGCGUUUGGGUGAAGCUGUUUUUAUCCCUUCAGGAUGCCCUUUUCAAGUCAUGAAUCUUCAGUCCAAUGUUCAAUUGGGUCUUGACUUCUUAUCUCCUGAAAGUGUUGGUGAGGCUGCAAGAAUGGCUGUAGAUAUCAGGUGUCUUCCCAAUGAUCAUGAAGCAAAACUGCAAGUGCUGGAGGUCGGAAAAAUCUCACUCUAUGCAGCAAGCUCAGUUAUCAAAGAAGUACAGAAGUUGGUGCUCGAUCCAAAGCUAAGUGACGAGCUCGGAGUCGGGGACCCUAAUUUGACUGCUGCCGUUUCCGAAAACUUGGAGGAGAUGACAAAGCGAAGGCAGAUAAGUUGUGCUUAGUUUGUUUAUAUUUAUUGUACUAUAGAUUCAAAAGAGAGUAUAUUUACCAACACUCACUACUGGACUUGAACAAACCUGUAUAUAUGAAUGCGUGCAAUAGUUAGAUCUGCACAUGCCAACUAACAAAAUAUUUUUUAGGCUUUUAGCCUGAUGUAGAAACAUUGUAACAUCUCCAUUAUAGUUUUAGAAAUGGCAAGAUUAGAGUUUUACA